AUGGCGGCAGAGGAAGGCGAGAAGAAGAUGAUCCUGCUCAAGAGCUCGGACGGUGAGCAAUUUAAGGUUGAGGAGGCGGUCGCCAUGGAGUCGGAGACCAUCAGCCUCCUGAUCGAGGACGACUGCGCAGACAGCGCCAUCCCGCUCCCCAACGUCGACUCCAAGAUCCUCUCCAAGAUCAUCGAGUACUGCGAGAAGCACGUCCAGGCCAACCCAAAACCGGCCGACUCCGGCACCCCAGCCGACGCCAACUCCUCGGCCUCUACUGCAGCUGCCGUCCCCGCCGAGGACCUCAAGAGGUUUGACGCCGAGUUCGUCAAGGUCGACCAGAACACCCUCUUCGACCUCAUCCUGGCUGCAAACUACCUCAACAUCAAGGGAUUACUCGACCUUACUUGUCAGACUGUUGCCGACAUGAUCAAGGGCAAGACUCCAGAGGAGAUCCGCAAGACUUUCAACAUCGUCAAUGACUUCACACCGGAGGAGGAGGCGGAGAUCCGCAAGGAGAACCAGUGGGCUUUUGAUUAG